GGGCCGGGGCCGGGCCCGGGAGGCGGGCGGGCCGGGCGGGCAGCGGCGCCGGGGUCCCACCGAGCUCCCCCUCCUCUUUCUCCCAGCGCGGCCCGGUGGGGCUCGCCGCUCCCCUCGGGCCUGGCGGGGUCACCUUCAUGGGCGGGCGGUAGCGCGGGGCCCGGCGGUGCCCGGGGCCUGGUGAGGCUUCGCCGGGGGCAGAGCGGGGAGCGGAGGCGGCGGGACACGGGGCGAUGUUCGUGCAGGAGGAGAAGAUCUUCGCGGGGAAGGUGCUGAGGCUCCAUGUGUGUACCAUGGAGGGCGCCGAGUGGCUGGAGGAGGUCCCCGAGGACACCACGGUGGAGAAGCUGAAGGAGCGGUGCCUGAAGCACUGUGUACCUGGGAGCUUGGAAGAUCCAAAAACCGUGACACAUCAUAAGUUGAUACAUGCUACUUCUGAGAAGGUGCUGACAGACACAAAAACAGUGUUGGAGGAAAACAUUCAAGAUAGAGAUGUCUUGCUUUUAAUAAAGAAGCGUGCGCCACCUCCGCUCCCCAAAAUGGCAGACGUGUCAGCAGAGGAGAAAAGGAAACAAGAGCAGAAAGCUCCUGAUAAGGAUGCUAUUCUCAAAGCAACUGCAAAUCUGCCCUCACGCAAUGUAGAUCGCACCGUGGCCCAUCACAACAUGAGGGAUUUUCCUUUCUUGCAGUUCCAGACAGAGCUCCGGAAGAUCUUAGUGUCUCUCAUAGAAGUUGCCCAGAAAUUGCUAGCACUGAACCCGGAUGCAGUUGAACUAUUUAAGAAGGCAAAUGCCAUGCUGGAUGAGGAUGAGGAAGACAGAGUGGAUGAGAUAGCUCUGCGACAGCUUACAGAAAUGGGGUUUCCAGAAAGCAGAGCUGUCAAAGCCCUUCGAUUAAAUCAUAUGUCAGUGACACAGGCAAUGGAGUGGUUGAUAGAACACGCAGAUGACCCUACAGUGGAUGCUCCACUUCCAGGUCAGACUCCAUCAGAAGCCACAGCUGAAGCUGGUGCAUCCUCUGCUGAAGCGGCUGCAGGUCCUAGCUCAGAAGCGGGUGGGGAAGAGGCCAAGGAUGAGCUGACAGAAAUAUUCAAGAAGAUCCGGAGGAAAAGGGAGUUUCGUCCAGACCCACGAGCUGUCAUUGCCCUGAUGGAGAUGGGAUUUGAUGAAAAAGAAGUGGUCGAUGCACUCAGAGUAAACAACAACCAGCAAAAUGCGGCCUGUGAAUGGCUGCUGGGAGACAGAAAGCCUUCUCCAGAGGACUUAGAUAAGGGCAUUGACACCAAUAGCCCGCUCUUCCAAGCCAUCUUAGAAAACCCAGUGGUACAGUUAGGGCUAACCAACCCUAAAACUCUACUAGCCUUCGAGGAUAUGCUUGAAAACCCCUUGAACAGCACUCAGUGGAUGAAUGAUCCAGAAACUGGGCCUGUCAUGCUACAGAUCUCUCGAAUCUUCCAGACGCUGAAUCGCACGUAGAGGGGAAUGCCAGUCCACUGUGCCACUUCCUACUGUCCCUCGCUUCACCUUCUCCUCAACAGGAGGAUGCAUGGAUUGUUUAUGGAGGGGGGUGGAUGGAAGGGGAAGGAGGGGGGAGAUCCUGUCUGAAUGGGUCUCUCGCAUGAGAGCUUAUGUAGUUACAGCCAACUGAAGUUAAUUGCCUUGUGGAUUUAGUGUUAGGGGAAGAGGUUUGAAGACUUGUUUAUGUUUUCAGGUAUUAGGUCUAAAAUAAAGUAUAUCAAAAAAUAGGAAAAGGUUUUGUGAAAACAAUUAAGAAUUCGAUUGUUGGAAAGAAAUACGAUAUUGCUUGUUAAAAAGGCCUGUGACAGUAGUUUUCUAGCCAGUUUUGCUAGCAUCUGGCUAGUGUUUACAAAAGGUCACUGACCACUAGCAUAAGAUAUUAAUCAUCUCCAUACAGUAUUAAUUUAUGGCUAUAUCAAAUUAUAAAAUGCUUUUUUAAAAUUGAUUCUUAGGAAAUGUUUUUUAAAAGUCCAAAUAUUGGGAGAGCAAGCACGUUUCUAUCCAAACUUGUUUAUCUUGCAUUAUAAUUUAAACAGAAUAAUUCAGAGAUGGAAUUCUUUUAAUAAAUAGCAUUACUUUUUCCUAUUUAUUUUCUGCGUUAGUGUUGUUGCAGUCCCACGGUGGUUAUACUUGUAGGAGAUUCUCUGUCAGCUGCGUUAAAGAUGCAGUAUCUCUUUCACGACAGAACUUGCUACACCAAGACUUGGAUUCUCAAGUAGGCUGCAGUUCCUAAGUUCACACUUUGCCACAUCCUAGUGCAAGGAGGGAUAUAUUCAUGUAGUGGGUUUUUUCCAUUUUUAUGUGCACAGUUUUGGAAAGGGAGACUUGUGGUUUUUUACUUUGUUUCAAACUGUUUACAGAAAAGCAAAUAAUUUGCAUGGGUUUUUCAUUGGUGAUCUGUAAAGAAGCAGGACCGCUUAGGUUUUUAUCUUGUUUAACGUAUUUAAAAGCACGCUUGAGAUUAUUAUCAUCUUUGAGGUAGAAGUGGUUUUUCUUGACACUUAUUUGUACCUUGGAAAUACCAAGAAUGUCAGGCUGUGUCUUUCCUAUGUUGUUAGAAGACUGACUUGAGAUUUCAGACAGGAGUUGUGAGCUUUUAAGAACGGAACUCACUGUGAAUAUCCAGCUAGUUUUUAUGAUUGGGCUCUGCAGGUGUUUAACAGUCUGAACAAAAAAUGGUUUUUAUUUUCAAGUGAGUGAAACAUGAUUGACAUCUGUCAUGAUCCCUGCCAUGUCUUGUGUUUCACAGCCCUUUUUGGAAAGGCAGGCUAGGCAAGACCUGCCUCUCCAAAAUGCAGAGUAACCAGAUGGAGACCCUAUCCUUAAAUAGCACAAUAGUGUCCUGUCAAAUAGAGAGAUCCUGAAUAGCUCUGCAAGUCACCUUUUUAAGGGGCAGGGGGGGUGCAGUUGGGUUUUUUAAACAAAAAUGCAACAAGAUGCAACCCGAAACCCUACAACAAGUUUUGGCCUGAACUUGGCAUCUAAUCUAUGCUGUUAUGCAGUCAAGGCACUGAAGUUGCCAAUUUCACAUAAUUAAUAUGAAGGGUGGGGAGAUCAAAACAGCAUGAGACUUUAUCUUGACUUACUAUCCCAGGCUUUUUUUUGUUAUUUGUAAUUUCAUAUUAAGCUUUACAGUUCAUGACUGCUGAAAUAUUUACUUCUACAUUUAGAAAUUCCGAGCUUUAUAGAGAUGCUUCUUCUGUUCAAAUUGGACACUAAAACCAUUUGCCCGGACUCUUGCUAAGAACAGAUUGACAGCAUGACAGUAAAUUGUAACCUUGUCCUAGAAAUGUAAAAGCUAGGAACCCGAUCCUGCAACCCAGUGAGUUCAGCACAACUACUCAUGAGUAGUUGUGACUGUAUGUUGUAGUGUUACAAAAGGUUUUGAUUAUUUUGUCCUUUUUUUUUUUUCUUACUCCCUGAAGCUUUUUGCGUGUAAUGCAAGACACUAUUACUUGAAGCUUUUAAUGUUAGAAGCGCAUGUCCUUCUCUAUGAAUCAGGAUUCUUGUAAAUACUCCUUUUAAUGAGUGUUUUUAGAAGACAAAGCUGGGAAAAACUACCCUGUAGUUUGGUGGGGUUUUUUUGGCUUCUGAAUGAAUAAGGACAGGUUCAGACUUAACGAACAGAUACUUCGGUAGCAGUCUUGGUCUUUGCAGAACGUACAGGCUUGUUAAAAUGCUUCUUUUGAUUUCAGUAAUACAUGAUCAGACUUUGGAGUGGCUGUAGAGCUUCCAGACAGACCAGGCAAGGAUCAUCUGUCAACUUUAGUCAUCUAAAAGUUUGGCGUCUGGUUUGCUGGCAGAACCUAGGGGACUAGCCAUAUGGCAAGAGUCAGCAACCCAUCUUGCCUGUAUUGGCAGGGGAGGAGCUGCCCCCAGGACUGUCUGUUGCUGCUGCCAGGGAAAUGUGGGUGAUGAACUUGAACCAGCUCCCCAGCGUUUAGGGGGUUGAAGCUGAGCACAUUCGUGGUACCUGGUGUCUGACCUGCUUCGGAAGAGCAGAGUGGCUCACUUCUAAGGGUGAAGGUUCUGCUGCUUGUGUAUCUCUGCAUCAGCUCCACAGCAAAGGGAUCAGGGUGUGAUACUGCCAGGACCUGCUAUUGAACUGAGCAUGUUCUUCAGCAUCAUUUUGAUCAGGGUGAUAAAAGUUACCAGAACUGCCUCCCUUGGUAUGCCAGAACAGAAUCAGUGCCACUGAACCUUUUAUAAAGUAAGGAAAAAAAGUAUCAGUAAAACAAAUCAUGCUUAUGUAAUACAGGAAGGUAAGAAUGCCCAGGUUCAACAACAUAACCUAAUGUUGCAGCAGCAGUUAGAGACCUUAGGGAUAAAGGAAUACUGCAUCUUUAAAAUGCUUGAAGGCUUGAGAAUAUGUGGUUAUUUCUGGAUUUUGUUAUUCCAGAGCUCAACACUUACACAGCUGAAGUGUUGGAGAGUGUGUUCUUCCUGAUCUGCCAAACAGUCUUUUUGCUUGGUAUGGCUUUAACAUAGUCCUGCUUGUCUUUUGAGAGCUUAAGUUUCCAGUGGCCAGUAGCUGAAAGAGGCCAAAACUUAAGAGGUGUGAUGUUUGCAGCAAGGCAUAGGAGUUGAUCUAAAGCAAACAAAAACUACCCUUGAGGUUAAACAAACACUUGAGGAAUUAUCAAGACACCAGUGUUGUUGUUUGGGUAUGAAUUAGUAGCAGACUAGGGAGCUGUGUGUCCCCAUCACACCUGGGUGUAUUGCUACUUCAUCACAGUAAAUGGAGGGGGACUUAAGUCCACUGUGAUUGCAAAGGCAUUGAUUAUCCCAGUUUUCACAAAACCUGCAAAUAACUGAAAGAUCACUGCUAGAAAGAUCGCUGCUAUUGAGUCAGAAUGUGCAGACGGGUCUCCAGGCACAAGGAGUGUGUGUGGUAAGAGCUUUGCCUGGUGAUAAACUGUCCUGUUCUGUGGCUGAAGGGUAAAGAACUGAUGGAUCUGGUCUGUAAGCCAGUGAGAGGUCCCAAAGCAUGUGGGAAUAGAAGUUUUUGUUUAAAAAAAAAAAAAGUUUUUGUGAGGAAGAACUACUCACAGGAGUAGGGAUUUACAGGUUCAGGUCCUGUGCUUGCAUCUCUGGCGUUCAAGUUAUAACUAGCAAAGACGUGUCAUAUUUAAGUGUUUCGUAAUGCGGUCAAGGGAAUAUUUGGAAGCCUGUGAAAUCAAGUAGUAAGGAAAUGGGGUGGUAGGUGGCCAAGACAAUGUCUAUUUCUUACAGUUCUAGCUCUUUGCCCCAUCAGUUGAUACAGACAAUCUUCUACCUUUUGAUAUUACAUAAGUCUUGAAAGCUAGCUAGCUAUUUAUUUAAAUAUAUAUAUAUAACUUAUAAUUUUGUCAUCAAAACACUGAUAUUUUUAAUAGAAAUGUACUAUAUGGAAGUUUGUUCUCAGGGCUUCAUAUUUAUACUCUCUUUAUAGGGGGAUGCAUUUAAAGGGAUGUAUUUGGAAAAAAUGCCAGUGGCUAUUUGACAGCUUGGACCUUGAUUGUCUUGACCUGUGAGCCUGAGCUAGCGUAACUCUCCUAAUAAACCUCUAGUGUCUGGUCCAGUCCAAAGAAUCUGCCAUUCUUUCUCUCCUUGUGAGCAGUGACAUGAGUCUUCCUUUAAGAUUGCUGCAUCACUCCAUGGAAAUGGUCACACAAGCUUACCCAGCUGCUUCACAGUUCGCUGAUCUUUACACCAUUUCAAGGACGCUUCUGUUCUCCAUGCAGCUGGAAAAUAGACUUGCACGGUUUCUAAAGCAGUCAUCAGUGCACUCCUGCUCUUCUGGGAUGGUGCAAGGUUCACUCCUGCAAGAGGUCUGAAACCUCCAGCUAAUUGCUUCUUUUUGGCUGCUCGCAGCCUCUAUCACAGACGCGUCCCAGAACCUUGACCCCCAUUUCUUUCCUCGCUCUUCUGGAACCAAACUUGUCUUUUGGAGAUUGAUCUUCAUACCCAGGAAAUGCUUUAGUGGUUAUUGAAAUCCUUUUUAGUUAGGACUGUUAGGAUUACUUUUUUUUUUUAGGCACUGUGAUUCAUGGGCUGAGGAUCUUUUAAUAUAUUUUGAAAGUUGUUUAAAUAAGCAUCGCACCAAACGAAUGUAUAGUAACACUGUCAGCAAAUAUUGCCUGUGGAAGAGAUACAGAGGUUACCAGAGAUCUCUACUUCAGUGGCAAUUUUCCAAAAGUCGCGUGCACAGGAUACGGAGUGUUUCAUCCAAAAUAAAUGCCCUGUUUUUCUACUUUUAAUAAAUAACAUUUUUAUUAACUAGCAGAAUAGCGGCACUUGCAGCUGGGUAUUUCCAUCCCAUCAUAAGUCCCUGUACUUUGAGGCACAAGCAAACCACUGACUGUAUCCUCCUCUCUGGACCGAUUAUUCGCCUGAAGGACUUGUGUUGGCUGUUGUCGGAGGUAGGACAGUCAGUGAGCCCGGCCAGGGCAGCAAUCCCCUUGUUCCUGCAGAGGAAACAGCAAGCAGCAUAUAUUAUGUCUAUGUGAACAUGCUAUCAUGGUGGUGGUUCUCACCUGCAUCCUGACAUCUAGGUAUAAUGAAAGGGGGUUUUUUAAGGACUUCUUGCCCUAGAUUUGAAGACCUUCAAUGCAGAUCCUGUUUGCAGCAUGUGAACUUCAAUAAAUGUAAAUGCAUUAAAUUCUUACUGAAUUUGGGUAUAGUUUUAUAUCAUGCUCUGGGGAGAGGGAAAAAAUUGGAUCACGUUUUAAACUAAGCCCCACAAAACAAAGUGUCUUUGUUGCAGCAGGUAACAGAGGCCUGCAGAGAUUUUUAAUUUGCAUAUUUUUAUCAUAGUUUAAUGAACUGUACAAGAAUGUGAUUUGCUAUCCAGCACUUACCACAAGGCAGCACCAGUAAAAUUAUAUUGCAAGGUACUGACUUAACAUUUUUCAUUUCACCUGUGUAUAAAAUAAUUAGGUACAGCAUAUGAUAAUUUUUAUAUGGCACUGACACUGAUGUGUGGCAUGCACAGCUGUUUCUAAGAUGUAACAUUACUUUUAUGAAGCUUAACUAGGGCGGACGCCACUGAGCCUGUGGAAUUCAGGGUUCAUUCUGGACAUGCUCGCGUGGGUUGCUGACCUCUCCCUGAGUGGGAAAAACAGCAGGCUUUGCUCCUGUAUAAUAGCCCUCCAGGCAGAAAGCAAGAAAUGCGACUAAUUGGUUAUCCUUUAAGCAGUCGCUGUUGUCUACUGAAACAUAUUCCUGGAAGUUACCAAGGUUUUUAGCAAAGCCAGACCUGUUCAGACUGAGACAAUUACAUACCUUUAGUGUGUGGAGAAGUCGUACCCACGGAUGAGACUAGAAUGAAUGCUGAGUCUUUAAACCUGCUCACACAUACACACUGAAGACACUGAUGUUAUGUGUGUUGUAAAUUUAUAAUAUAUCUUAAAAAUAAAGUUUUUUGGUUUAUUA